AUGGGGCCGGUCGAGACUAAGAAUUUGGACUUCCGCCGAAAGUGGGACAAAGACGAAUAUGAGAAACUUGCAGAGAAGCGACUCACAGAAGAGAGAGAAAAGAAGGAUGGCAAACCGGCCCAGCCUGUCAAAAGGGAGCUCCUGCGGCACCGGGACUACAAGGUGGACCUGGAAUCCAAGCUGGGCAAGACCAUCGUCAUCACCAAAACCACCCCGCAGUCAGAGAUGGGAGGGUACUACUGCAACGUGUGCGACUGUGUGGUGAAAGACUCCAUUAACUUCUUGGAUCACAUCAAUGGCAAAAAACACCAGAGGAACCUGGGCAUGUCCAUGAGGGUGGAGCGCUCCACGCUGGACCAGGUGAAAAAACGCUUUGAGGUGAAUAAGAAGAAGAUGGAGGAGAAGCAGAAGGACUAUGACUUUGAGGAGAGGAUGAAGGAGCUCCGCGAGGAGGAGGAAAAGGCCAAAGCCUACAAAAAGGAGAAGCAGAGAGAGAAGAAACGAAGGGCAGAGGAAGACUUGACGUUUGAAGAGGACGAUGAAAUGGCAGCUGUGAUGGGUUUCUCUGGUUUUGGUUCAACCAAAAAGAAUCAUUGAGCAGCUCUGGACUCUCCUCUUUUUUUGAAACAGAUUGUUUUUAACCAGGGGAUUCUGGAUAACUCCUUAAAAGACUUGGUUGAGGACUUGUAUGUAAAUCUCCCAGUAGGAGGGGGCUGGAGGAAUUGGAAACCAAUCCCACGCUCAACCUGUGCUACAGAACACACUGCGCCUGCCAUUAGCUUCCCAUUUUCUUCUGUGUCCUAGAUCUGGCCUCCUGUCACUGUGCUCUGUGGCCUUGUGUGUGCAGGGAACUGUUCUGCCGGGUGUGUUUUGGGGUCAAUAAAGUACUGCGGUUCUGUACA